CUAAAAUAUUUGGCCUUCAUUUCAAUCAGUUAACUUGGUUAAUAUAAUAUUUUUUAUGAUGUACAUGUUUAACAGGUUUUUUAUCGGAGUUCGGGUUUUCUGAUAGUUCUGGAUUCGUAAACCUCUGUCUUGCACGUCAAUUUAAAGAUUUAAAUGAAUAUAAGAACAUUUUGAAAAGAAAUAAUAUUGCAUUUGUAGAUUUUGAGGAUGGAUCACGUGAAAUGACCGAAAAAGAAGUUUUAUUUACUAAAUUCUUCAAUGAUAACUUUAAAAUAAAAUUUGAAAACAAUUUAUAUACCCCAAUUGAUUAUUGUCGUGAACGCAAUUUUGGCAAACAUGGAAUUUCGGGCUGGAUAUCGCGCUUGAUCAAUUUCCCUGAAAAAGAAAUAACAAAAAAAUAUAAUGACAUAGAAACCACUAUAUUACUACCAAAUGGGAAUGGUGGUGGAAGUAUCGAAUAUGACUGCAAAUAUUUAAAAUUUGAUUCUGUGACUUUUAAUCAUUGGUACGAUACAACAAAUCUACCUAUAUAA